GGUGCGCCCCAGCCCGGCCCCUGCCUGCGCGAUUGCACGGAGGGGAGGGGACCGCGGCGGCGCCAGACCCUUGGGGGCGCGCACUCCUUUGCAAGUUCCAAAGCCACCGGGUGCCCGGGCCCUCCCCGCGGCGACGGAGUGACCGCGCCAGGGCCCCGGGGGGCGCGUGGUUGGUACCCAGGAAUACUCAGACGAGUGCCGGGCCCCCGGGGGAGGGGAAAAAAAAGUUGGGAAUUGUUGGUAAGGACCCGGUGCGACGGAGAAAGGGGAUGUGCUUGCUGCGCAGGGCGAGUUGUGGGACGGACAAGCAUGUGAGCGAGCUAGCUGGCUAUUCUCCCGAGGCGUGCGGGAGCCGAAAGGGGGAAAAGUAAUUAUUAGAGUCUUUCCUGUGCCCAUCGAUGCCUUUCACGAGGCACCCAGUUGUUAAUAUAAGGUUAGUAAGGAGAAAUAGAGCGUGCCUAAGUAACGUUUGAGACAUCGCAGUUGUGUUCGCUUGGCUUUCUUUGGUUAUGAGUUUAAUUUCAUCCACAGAAUACAGUAGCAUUGAGAAAGCAGCGUCCGGAAUGGGUCUGGGAAGGGCCAGAGAUGGGUUGAGCUGGGUCUGGCGGCUCCUAGCUGUAAUCUAGCAUUUGGGAGGUGGAGGCAGGAGGGUCCUGAAUUCAAGGCCACCCUUUAGUCACAGAGCAAAUUUCAAAGUCAGCCUGGGCCGCAUAAGGCCCUGUCUCAAAAAGAAAAAGAAAGAAAACAAGUGUGAGUUUUAUUUGGAGGUUUGAAAGGACAACAUUGAUAGACAACUAAAAGGACAAUCCUUACUCCUUCCUUGGUAGCUAAAGGAGCUGUAUAAUGGUGUUCGAGUCUACUUGUGGCAUUUGGCAUUGUCAGGGAGGAGGACAGAAUUAAUGACGAGAGAAACUUUAGGAAGUUAAAUCAAAGACCCGAGCCCGUAGUUUUGGUAGUACGGAGGACUUUUCAGUAGAUCCUUCACUCGUUUGGAAGACUCCUAGCUUGACGCUCACAGCCCACGCCCCCCCUUUUAAAACGUACAGCCUGGCUUCAUAGCCCAGACUGUCCUAGAACUGCUGAUUGAUACUCCUGGCCCAGCUUUCCAAGUGCUGGAAUUAUGUGUAUACACUAUUGCACCUGGCCUCUUAGGCUUUUAAAAAGGAUUUGUUUAUUUUUGUGUUGUGUGUUUGAGUGUUCCCCUACAUGUAUGUAAGUCUACCGUGUGGUUCUGUUGCCUGAAGAGGCCAGAAGACGGUGUCAGGUCCCCCGGAACUAGAAUUCCGGACAUGUGGGUGGCGGGCAUGAAACCUGGGUCCUCUGCAUGAAUGGCAGAGCUGUCUCUGCAAUCCCAGCUUCUUAGGGUUUCCAGACCAAGCUAAUUGAUUUUUUUUCUCAUCCCUUUGGGAUUUUCUGACGGUUCUCUAGUUGGGUGUAUGCAGGGAACGGACCAUUCUCUUCCUCUCGUUCUCUGGGUUUCCUUGUCCGUGCUCCCCUGGUCGCCCAGGGCACAUCCAGAACGGUGGUUUUCUCUCCCGGACAGAACCCUUUUCCCAGGGAUCUUUGCUACCUUUUUUUUUUCUUUUUCUGUCGUCUUGUCCACAGAUUGACCUUGUGGAUAGAGGCGGCUUCCUAGGAUUGCUAAGAUGGGCAUGAGAAUCAAACUGCAAAGCAACAACCACCCUAACAACCUGCUGAAGGAACUCAACAAGUGCCGGCUGUCAGAGACCAUGUGUGAUGUCACGAUUGUGGUGGGGAGCCGCUCCUUCCCCGCCCACAAGGCCGUGUUGGCCUGCGCAGCUGGCUACUUCCAGAACCUGUUCCUGAACACCGGGCUCGACGCCGCCCGGACCUACGUGGUGGACUUCAUCACCCCCGCCAACUUCGAGAAGAUUCUGAGCUUCGUCUACACCUCCGAGCUCUUCACAGACCUGAUCAACGUGGGGGUCAUCUAUGAGGUCGCCGAGCGCCUGGGUAUGGAAGACCUGCUCCAGGCCUGCCACUCGACGUUCCCCGACCUAGAGAGCACCGCAGUGGCUAAGUCCUUGACCAGCACCGGUAGCAGCCAGUCUGCUGCUCUGAGAUGUCCUUCGGUGGAUCCCACCCACCCGCUGGGGGAACUCCGGGGGACUGGGGAACCCUUUGGUCCCGAGAGAAACUAUGUGUUGCCUGCUGAUGCUGGAGGGAGCUAUAAAGAGGAAGAGAGGAGUGUGGCCAGUGACACUAAUCACAGCUUGUCCCUGCCACCACUGCCACCAAAGACAGAAGACCAGGACGCCCCUGUUCCGUUCACGUCUGUUCCUAGUAUGGUGGCCCAGCCAGUCCUCGGCACCGUCAGCACGGGCAUCCAGACCGGCCCGAGUUCUUGCCAGCCAUACAAAGUUCAGAGCAAUGGAGACUUCGGCCGAAACAGUUUCUUCCCCUCCGACAGUGCCGUAGAUGUAGCAACCGGGACCAAUUCCUCUCUGAGCAACAGCGACCACGCCAAGGAUCCAGGCUUCGGGCAGGUGGAUGAGCUGCAGCUGGAGGACCUGGGCGACGAUGACUUGCAGUUCGAGGACCCGGCUGAAGAGAUGGGGAUGGCUGAGGAGGUGAUCGAGCUGAGCGACGACAGCGAGGACGACCUGACUUUUGGGGAGAGCGACAGCCGAGAGAAUAAGGCCAUGCCCUGCCAGGUGUGCAAGAAGGUUCUAGAGCCCAACAUUCAGCUGAUACGGCAGCAUGCCCGGGACCACGUGGACUUGCUCACGGGCAACUGCAAGGUCUGUGAGACCCACUUCCAGGACCGAAACUCCCGGGUGACCCAUGUCCUGUCCCACAUUGGUAUCUUCCUGUUCUCCUGUGACAUGUGUGAAACCAAGUUCUUUACCCAGUGGCAGUUAACCCUGCAUCGACGGGAUGGGAUAUUUGAGAACAACAUCGUCGUCCACCCUAAUGAGCCCCUCUCGGGGAAACUGGGUCUCUUUUCAGGGGCAGCCUCCCCUGAGUUGAAAUGUGCCACUUGUGGGAAAGCAUUGGCCAAAGAUUUCCACGUGGUCCGGGGCCACGUCCUUGACCAUCUGAACUUGAAGGGCCAGGCCUGCAGCGUCUGUGACCAGCGCCACCUCAACCUAUGCAGCCUCAUGUGGCACACGCUCUCUCAUCUGGGCAUUUCGGUGUUCUCCUGUUCGGUCUGUGCCAGUAGCUUCGUGGACUGGCACCUUCUGGAGAAGCACAUGGCUGUGCACCAGAGCCUGGAGGACACGCUGUUCCGCUGCCACCUGUGCAGCCAGAGCUUCAGGUCCGAGGCCGCCUACCGCUACCACGUCAGCCAGCACAAAUGCAACAGUGGCCUGGACGCGCGGCCUGGCUUGGGGCUGCAGCACCUAGCCCUCCAGAAGCGGAAGCUGCCGCCGCCGCCGCCGCCGCCGGCGGAGGAGUUUUUGAGUGAGGAGCUGGCUUUGCAGGGCCAGCCCGGGAACAGCAAGUACAGCUGUAAGGUCUGCGGGAAGAGGUUCGCCCACACGAGCGAGUUCAACUACCACCGGCGGAUCCACACGGGCGAGAAGCCGUACCAGUGUAAGGUCUGCCACAAAUUCUUCCGCGGCCGCUCGACCAUCAAGUGCCACCUCAAGACGCACUCGGGGGCCCUCAUGUACCGCUGUACCGUCUGUGGCCACUACAGUUCCACCCUCAACCUUAUGAGCAAACACGUCGGCGUGCACAAAGGCAGCCUUCCGCCCGACUUCACCAUCGAGCAGACCUUCAUGUACAUUAUCCAUUCCAAAGAGACGGAAAAGAACCCGGACAGCUGACUGGGUCUCUGUGGAGCCAGAGGGAGCUCCCAGGUGGCAGCCGGGACAGUGCUUCUCUAAAGGUGGCUGACCCUGCCCAGCUGAUGCCACAGCUUUGCCUUGCUAAGAAUUCUGUUCUGUAUUGUGUGGAAAGAAGAGAGAUAGCACAUGAGCUGUUACUGUUUCUGCGAAGCAGCAGCCCUGUUACAUUUACCUCCUUACCUGUUCUAUCCUUGAUUCUUUGGAGGCUGGUCUUUAGGAUCUAGUCAAGUGGCCCUGCAAACUAGGUCCCCUUGCCAGUUUCUCUAGUUUUAGUUUACUGAUAGUUUUUAUGCUGCUAAGGAUCUGACCAACAGCCUCACUGCAUAGAAGAGGUGGAGAGAGGUUUUCACUGUGGGUGUGACUGCCCGACUCUUGGGGGGACAACAGCGAUGAGAAGGUUUGGGGAUGUGGUCAUUCAGAAGGGGCUGGCAGCAGGGUAGUUCAUCUUGGGUCCUCCCUCCCUCCUCACUGGGGACAAGGGCUUGGGGAGCUGAGGGUGCCGCUUGCUCCGCAGGUCAGAUUGCCCGAGUGGACAGUGAAAAUCUCUUGGCAGCUAGAUCCAAACCGAGGGCAGAGCUUUCUGUUUAGGUUGGAAAGCUUUGAGUGUCCCAUGGUGCCACAGAUGGGGAGCCUGGAUGGAUGGAAGAAGAUGCCCCUCUUUUUCCUUGUUUCCAAAGAAACAUGAUUUUUUUAGAGUGCAACCCUGGAGGUCAAGCCUUCUGUCACGAGCAGAGACAGGGCGAGUUCAGUGUCACCUGGCCGCCCCCUGGGCACGGAGGGGGCCCCUCUGACAGCGCAGUCUUGCCUUAAUUCACACCGAGUCCCCCACUCAGGGUGGUUUGACCUCCAGUGUAGAUGAGAAGGGACCCGAGUAACUGGUGGCCCACGGCAGGGCAGGGCGUGCAGCAGGGCAGGGCGUGCGUUCUGGCUGUCCCACCUGGGUAACUUGUUUACUUGUGGUGAAGUGUAGAGUUUGGCAGCUGAGCCCCAUGUCAUUGUGUGGCCGCCAGGGGGCGCUCUUGGAUGCUCGCUGGCUUAGGCCUUCCGUGGCUGUUAGGCUCCUUUCUUAGUCUUAGAAGGGGCCUUGCCCAAAAGAGGCAGGAGGAGAGGACCCUUGAUCUUGCAUACUUACAAGAUGGCACUUCAGUAGUUCAUACUACCUCAGCCUGCCCAGGUGAGCUCUGAGAGUCCCUGGUUUGGGGCCUGGCCACUGACACUACCCCGUGGGACUCAGCAGCACUCUGGGCUGUUUCAUAAGCGAGUGGUUUUGAUUAACUCACAAAGCCUUUUUAGACAUUAAAUAUUUAUUUAUUUUUUGUUUUGUUUUGUAUACGAACUACCCAGCAUCUCUUUUUGAUAAGUGUCUUCAGGAAAAUUAGUUUCUCUCAGACCAGGAACCAUAUUCUACCGUUGGUCAUGGCUGUGGAUUUGGAGAAGGGGGGGGUAACUGAGAAAGAAUGUGCCAGGCCUUCGAAACAGCACACUUUCGCUUCUCCAGGCGUAGUCUCUAGCAGAACAGAUCCAGAUCGAGUAACAUGGAGAAGGUUUUUACCCUCCGGCUGGGGGAGCCUCCCAUCCGACAGGCAAACCAAAGCUGUGUCCUUGUUGGGCCGGCUGCCCCUUCCCCCAGCCGUGGACUGAGAAAGCCUGUGAGUUAGUGCUCAGGGCAUUCUGGUGAGUCAAAUGGUGAGACUCGAACCGGGGCCAGGCAAAGGCCGCCCUGCGCUGUCUAAACUUGUGACAUUUUCAUCAGGAAAUCGUUGCUGUGACUCUUAAGUUCAGGCUUCCCAUCUUCUUGUGCUGGGGAGUGUAACAAGCUACCGUGGUGUAUCUGCUGAUCUUUCCAGACGCAGGAGGCCCUCCUAAGACUGCUGGUGAAGCGUGAGUGUGGGAUGUCUGAUUUGAGAGGGUGCACUUACCUGAUCUCGGCCCGGUCCCUGAGAGCGGAGAAACCCUUUUCCUUAGCCUAUGGCACCACGGAUGCUGGGUGGUCUGUGUACUUAACCUGAAACUGUGAAGUUUUCCCUUUUUGCCAUAAACCAAAAAGCAGAUCUUUGAAGUUUUGCCCUUUAAACACUAAAAAACCAAACUGUACCCUCUGAUCCCGUGAGGUUAGUUGGUCAGGGAGGUCAGGUUGGUCCCAGUCAGACAUGUAGCACGCGGAAUCCGAGGCUCCCGCGGUCCCCUGUCCAAACCAUGCCUCUGGGUGUCGCCCCACGUUCACACCUGUCUCUCCUCGUGUGUGAAGUUGUUUGCUUUUCCCGAAGCCGAUUCCUCCUCCUCCUGAGUGGAUUUACUUGAAACAGUACACGGCGGCAGUGAAGGGUACUCAAGGCUGCCUGGUGGGCAGUGUCAGUUUUAUUUUGUGUGUUCAGUUUUUAAUGCCCCUUUGAUUUCACCUUCUCCUCCCCUCUGGAUUCCCACUUGGUACCUAUCCCCUCCUGUAGAUGUGAAUGUUCCGUCUCUGCCUGGUGCCCCCCCCCCCUUGGUCAGGACCGGCUGCACAAUCUUCAGCACUCCCUUGGCCAGCAAUCGUUAGGGCUGUCUAGCUGGCUUUUGAAGAGCAUUAAGCCACACCAGGACAUCCCUAGCUUGUUUCCUAAGGGGAAUUGUAAUGUUGGUGUGGCCUGCUGGCAUAAACAGCGUGGACGGCUUGUGGCCAGAGGACAGGCUAUGUUCUUGCAGGAGGGUGACCCCUGAUGGCUCAGUGAUGCCACACACUGGCUGGAAGCGCUACUGGAUGAGCCCCAGUGAUUGGUUCUAAGUUUUAAGAUUCUGUGGAGUCCCCGCAGUUCAUGAUUAGUUGGGGAGAAAAGAGGUGGUGUUGGUGGGGGUCAGGUAACCAUGAGAACCAGGAAAUAGGUAAGAAUGUUUUACUUUAUUGUGACAUGUUCACAGCCCCUUGUUUACAGGGCAAACCUGUAAACUUCAGUACUUUGUACCCAGGCAGGAUUUUGCUACUGAUUGUCUUCCUUUCUGGCUUCCUGCUGUGCCCUCUCCACCAGACCCUAGACUACUCAGCUUUGAAAGUUAAUUUAACCUUUCUAGACGGACACUGAGUUUGUUGGCAUGGGAGUGGGCCUGUGAUGUGGUCUCUGCCUAUUCGGGAGUACCUCCAUGUCCUCUCCCCCAAAUCUUGUACCAGGUUAGUCAGGAAGAGGGUACACAGCAUUCGCUUCAACGUUACUUAGAUCAUCAUCAAGGUCAGGACAGAGACGACACUUGUGAUGAUGAUGUCUUGACCCCUUCCUUCCCUGUGAGCCCCCCCCCCCCAGUAGCUCAAGUCUCUUACGAAGCAGAGAAGCUGCUGCGUCUAACUCCUUCCAUUAAAUUAAGUACUGACCUCCUAAUAUUUAAGUGUUUACUAUCUGCUGUAAAGUUUUGUAUAUUUUGUAAACCUUUUUCCCCAAAUAGUAGACGUCUAAAAUCGUACAUCUGAUUCUUUUAUAUUCCAUUGUUCAGCACAAAGUGUGGUUUUUAUUUAGAAUAAAAAAGGAAAAAAGAAAGGGA